GGGGCGGGGCAUCGCUCCUGUUGCCCAGCGUGAUGCGUGUGGGCGCGUGUCUCUGUGGCACCGGUGCGGAUGCCGUGCUGUACCGGGAUCUGCGGCAGAGCCGGAGUUUGCUGGCCAGAGGCCCGGGUAGGAAAAGCGCCGGACACAGAGUUCCCCUGAUGCCUGCGCUUUUACUCCGCUGUUUGGAGCCUGAGUUGUGAUCGGGGAAAAUGGAUUGAAUGUAAGAGACCAAACCGGGCUGCUGGCGAGGACUAGAACUGACUGCGUUUGUAAAGCGCUUUGCACAAGCAUUUUCCCAUGUCUUGACAACUAAAAAGACAGGAGUGCCUGCUUAGCCUGCGGCAUGCACAGAGCACGGGGUUCGAACCCAUGCACCUCAGACGCCAGGCGAUCGUGCAAUUCUACGUGGGAAGUAGAAGCGGGAGGAUCCGAAGUUAAAGGGAGCCCUGGAGGCUGAGUCUAUCUAGCCGCAGAGCACACCCACUGGGCAGCGUGAGGACCCCAGUGGAACUGACCCACUGCAGAAUGCAGGCGCUCCACCUUCAGCACCGCAGCCCCAGCAGCUACAGGGUCAAGGCCAGGGCGUCCUAUGUGGAUGAGACCCUGUUUGGCAGCCCAGCAGGAACGCGGCCCACUCUUCCAGACUUUGACCCACCGUGGGUACAGAAUUGUAACAGAGUGAGAGGAGUGGACCUGGGACCUCCGAAGGUCUCCCUGGCCAAGAGAGACUAUGAGUCCACCCCUUCCAGGGGCAGCACCCCAAACCUCACACCAAGGAAGAAAAACAAAUACAGGUUGAUUGGCCACACCCCAUCCUACUGUGAUGAAUCACUGUUUGGCUCCCAGCCACAGGGCACCAGCAAGGAGGGGUCUCGGACAGCCAUGGGGGAUGCUGCCAAGCUCCGGACCCUUUUCUGGACGCCGCCACCCACCCCAAGGGGCAGUCACUCACCUUGCCCCAGAGAGACCCCAGUUCGAGCCAUUCACCCAGCUGGACCCUCCAAGGCAGAGCCCAGAGUGGACACAGGUUCCCCGAAGAUGUCUCAUAAUGGGCUGGGUGCUUCCUGCUCUUUGGGGCAGAGGCGUUCCCAAUCGCUCUCCCACCUAACUGUCCCCAGCAUGGCUCAUUCAGCUUCCGGUGUCCCCCAGACCAAUGAGCCUUGGAGUCCCCAGCCUUCCACAUCAGGGGUGACUGUCCGGAGCCCCCUGGCCACUCCCAAGGCACAGUCAGGCAGUGUUUCAGGGCCAGCUGCCCCUAAGCGAGGGGUCGGCCCCCCCAGGCCAAAGCCUCCUUGGAAAUGAGUUCUCACCAGGUAAGCCUUUGGCUCCCAGCCAGUCCUCAGCUCAGGUGGGGACUGCUGGGGAGCAGGGUCCCUCCUCAAAGACCAAGGAAUGGCUUUAAUUGAUGGUGGGGCUUAUAGGAAGUGCUCCAGGUGAGGGUCUCUCUUAGACCUGCUCCCCAACAUGGUGGAGAAGUCAACAUGGUGAGGAUGGGCCACACUUUCCUUGGUCCCCACAAACUCAGGAUGUCUCCAGCCUCCUCUGUAGGGUAUUUGGAGUCCUUGAGAUGUCCUUUUCACCAUGUUUCAGCCCCUUUCUGCAUCAGUGCCAAACCCUACCCAGCUUCCCUGCUCAGGAUUCAGUUUCCACAGAGGUCUGGAGGCCUUAGGGGAGAGAUCUGGGCUGCAUAUAGACCCCAAGGGUGGAGCAUGGGGUGCCAUCUUAAUAUUCAUGUAUUUAUUCUACGUAUUAAAUGCAUUUAGCUCACGAAA